GCAGGAAGACACGACAGGCUACGUGUCAGGAAACCGACGGAGAGUCCGCUAAAUGGGCGAAGGCGAUCUGACCGCCUAGCCUCUGGGACGUUUAAUUCGUGUUAUUUUAUAUGUUGGGUUGAAAUUACAUCUUACUACAGCAGUUAACUCGGAAAACUCUAAUACUGACGCGCAGUCACGAUGUUAACCAAAUUUGAAACGAAGUCAGCUCGUGUUAAAGGCUUAAGCUUCCAUCCCAAGAGGCCAUGGAUUCUUGCAAGUUUGCACAACGGUGUGAUCCAGCUGUGGGACUAUCGGAUGUGCACACUUAUUGACAAGUUUGACGAGCAUGACGGCCCCGUCAGAGGAAUUGAUUUCCACAAACAGCAGCCGUUAUUUGUGUCCGGAGGAGAUGACUACAAAAUCAAGGUGUGGAACUACAAGCUGAGACGCUGCCUCUUCACUCUUCUCGGACAUCUGGACUACAUCAGAACCACCUUCUUCCACCAUGAGUACCCCUGGAUUCUUAGUGCCUCAGAUGACCAGACCAUUCGCAUCUGGAACUGGCAGUCCAGGACCUGCGUAUGCGUGCUGACUGGCCAUAACCACUAUGUGAUGUGUGCCCAGUUCCACCCGUCUGAGGACCUGGUGGUGUCUGCCAGUCUGGACCAGACCGUGCGAGUGUGGGAUAUCUCUGGUUUGAGGAAGAAGAACCUGUCUCCCGGCGCUGUGGAGACGGAGGUGCGCGGCAUCUCUGGCGUUGACUUGUUUGGAGCCUCGGAUGCUGUUGUCAAGCAUGUGCUCGAGGGUCACGACAGGGGGGUCAACUGGGCAGCCUUUCAUCCCAGCAUGCCUCUCAUCGUGUCUGGAGCCGACGACAGGCAGGUCAAGAUCUGGAGGAUGAAUGAGUCCAAAGCGUGGGAGCUUGAUACGUGCCGAGGUCACUACAACAACGUGUCCUGUGCCGUCUUCCACCCACGGCAAGAGCUCAUUCUGUCCAACUCUGAGGACAAGAGCAUCAGGGUGUGGGACAUGUCCAAGAGGACCGGCGUCCAGACCUUCCGCAGGGACCAUGAUCGCUUCUGGGUGCUGGGAGCUCACCCAAACCUCAACCUGUUUGCUGCUGGUCAUGACAGCGGCAUGCUGGUGUUCAAGCUGGAGCGCGAGCGUCCGGCCUACGCCGUCUACGGCAACAUGCUGUACUACGUCAAGGACCGCUUCCUCCGCCAGCUGGACUUCAACAGCAGCAAAGACACCGCCGUCAUGCAGCUGCGCAGUGGGUCCAAGUUCCCAGUGUUCAGCAUGUCCUACAACCCCGCUGAGAACGCUGUCCUGCUCUGCACUAGGGCGACCAACCUGGAGAACAGCACCUAUGACCUGUACUCCAUUCCCAAAGAAUGCGACUCACAGAACCCUGAUGCCCCUGAAGGGAAGAGGUCCUCUGGUCUGACAGCCGUCUGGGUGGCCAGGAACAGAUUUGCCGUCCUGGACCGUAUGCACUCACUGCUGAUCAAGAAUUUGAAGAAUGAGAUUGUGAAGAAGGUGCAGGUACCAAGCUGUGAGGAAAUCUUUUACGCCGGGACAGGGUCGCUGCUGCUGCGCGAUGCUGACGGCGUCACGCUGUUCGAUGUGCAGCAGAAACGCUCACUUGCCACUGUCAAGAUCGCCAAGGUCAAGUAUGUGGUGUGGAGCGCCGACACAAGCCACGUGGCCCUGCUGGCUAAACACGCCAUUAUGAUCUGCAACCGUAAGCUGGAGAGCCUGUGUAACAUACACGAGAACAUCAGAGUGAAGAGCGGCGCCUGGGACGAGAGUGGAGUCUUCAUCUAUACCACCUCCAACCACAUCAAAUAUGCACUCACCUCUGGUGAUCAUGGGAUUAUCAGGACUCUGGACCUUCCCAUCUAUGUGACCCGAGUAAGAGGCAACAGUGUUUACUGCCUGGACAGGGAGUGCAGGCCCCGCGUCCUCACCAUCGACCCAACUGAGUACCGCUUCAAACUGGCUCUGGUCAACCGCAAAUAUGAAGAGGUGCUCCACAUGGUGCGUAAUGCCAAGCUGGUGGGCCAGUCCAUCAUCGCCUACCUGCAGAAGAAGGGCUACCCUGAGGUGGCGCUGCACUUUGUCAAGGACGAGAAGACCCGCUUCAGCCUGGCCCUGGAGUGUGGAAACAUUGAGGUGGCGCUGGAGGCAGCCAAGGCCCUCGAUGAGCGCAGCUGCUGGGAGCGUCUGGGCGAGGCGGCCCUGCUGCAGGGCCACCACCAGGUCGUGGAGAUGUGCUACCAGAGGACCAAGAACUUUGACAAGCUCACCUUCCUCUACCUCAUCACCGGCAACCUGGCCAAGCUGCGCAAGAUGAUGAAGAUCGCUGAGAUCAGGAAGGACAUGAGUGGUCACUACCAGGGAGCUCUCUACCUGGGAGAUGUAAGCGAGAGAGUCCGCAUCCUGAAGAACUGCGGACAGAAGUCUCUGGCCUACCUGACUGCUGCCACCCAUGGGAUGGACGAAGAGGCUGAGGCACUGAAGGAGACCUUUGACCCAGAAAAGGAGACGGUGCCAGAGGUGGAUCCAAAUGCUCAGCUGCUGCAGCCUCCUCCACCCAUCAACCCUCUGGACACCAACUGGCCUCUGCUCACUGUGUCCAAAGGCUUCUUUGAGGGAGCCAUCGCAGCAAAGGGGAAGGCAGGUCAGAUGGCUGCCGACCUGGACAUGGAUGCUCCUGGAGGGGAAGGCUGGGGAGAGGACGCCGAGCUGCAGCUGGAUGAAGAUGGCUUCAUGGAUGCCCAGGAUGGAUUAGGUGAUGAUGGAGGAGUGGGGAAAGAGGAAGGAGGAGGCUGGGAGGUGGAGGAGGAUUUGGACUUGCCUCCAGAGCUGGACAUGCCAGCCGGUGCAGGGGGAGGCACAGAGGACGGCUUCUUCGUCCCGCCAACCAAAGGCACGAGUCCAACCCAGAUGUGGUGCAACAACUCCCAGCUGCCUGUCGACCACAUCUUGGCUGGCUCCUUUGAGACUGCCAUGAGGCUGCUGCAUGACCAAGUAGGCGUGGUGAACUUUGGCCCCUACAAGUCCCUGUUCAUGCAGACGCUGUCAAGAGGCCGAACCUGUUACCUGGGCCUGCCUUCCCUGCCCUGCUUGCGUGGCCACCCCCAGAGGAACUGGAAGGACUGCGGAGCCAAGCAAGGGCUGCCCGCUGUCGGCCUUCGCCUCUCUGACCUCAUCGCCCGCCUACAGCAGUGCUACCAGCUGACCACGGCCGGGCGGUUUGAGGAAGCUGUGGAGAGAUUCAGAGCCAUCCUGCUGUCUGUACCGCUCCUGGUGGUGGAUAACAAACAAGAGAUUGCAGAGGCUCAGCAAUUGAUAACAAUUUGCAGAGAGUACAUAGUGGGUCUCACCAUGGAGACAGAGAGGAAGAAGUUGCCUAAAGACACUUUGGAGCAGCAGAAGAGGCUGUGUGAGAUGGCAGCGUACUUCACCCACUGCAGCCUCCAACCAGUCCACAUGGUCCUGGUGCUGCGCACGGCUCUCAACCUUUUCUUCAAGCUGCGCAAUUUCAAGACGGCAGCCGGGUUUGCACGACGUCUGCUCGAGCUGGGGCCGAAGCCAGAAGUCGCACAGCAGACACGCAAGAUCUUGGCGGCUUGUGAGAAGACCCCGACAGAUGCCCACCAGUUGAACUAUGACCCCCACAAUCCAUUUGACCUGUGCGCUGCCUCUUUCGUUCCCCUGUAUCGUGGGCGCCCAGUGGAGAAGUGCCCCCUCUCUGGAGCCUGUUACUGCCCUACAUACAAGGGCCAGGUGUGCAGAGUCACACAGGUGACAGAGAUCGGCAAGGACGUGAUUGGUCUUCGCGUGAGUGCCCUGCAGUUCCGUUAAGAGGAAGCGGAGAGGACAAGAGGACAAACAACCUGUUGACAAAAACACAUCCACACUUAUUCAUUCUGUAGAGAGAAUACAGUUAUUAAGAGAAAUGAAAAAAAAAAAACAGAUGUAUGCUUGGUCUAACUGAGGGAAUGUUAUAUGUUAAACCUUUUUAAUCGUGUUGGCUGUCUGGUUCUCUGCUCUG